AAGAGUCAACACCACUCAACUGGCCUACAUAAAUAUUUACUCAGCAGCAUGUCCACUCAUACUCACUCAAGCAGACCCAUCUCAUCAAGCCAUUCAAACUCAACCGCAAGCACCCCAAAACAAAGACAUCUCGCUCAUCUAGCAACCAGAUUGGCAGAACUCUCGGUCCAAUCCGACAGGCUAGCAAGUCUCUGUAAGAUCCAUGCCCGACAAUCCACCGAUCAACGUGAACUCGCUAUUUACUAUGGUUCCAUGUUGAUGGCUACGACUAGGGUGUUCAACUUGGACGAAAACAAUGAAUCCGAAUCAGAUGAAGGCGAUAGCCGCGAACAUGACUCAUGAUGUGUGCCCUUGGAGCCCAGCUAUUACCCGAUCCAGGAGGGGCUUGACAUUAUACGGAAUUUGUCGAUUGAUUGACUUUCUGGUAUCCAACUGAUCUUGUCAUGAAUCCAUUUCGGUCUCAAGGAAUCGCCCGUCUUCGACGAUUUAAGUACAUCUGG